CUAAUUCUGUUUUUGUAUUACCUAGAUAGACAAGGAAACCUACAAUGAGCAACUCACCAGGAGAAGAACACGCCGCAUUCACGCAAUGGGCCGUGUCCCACGGAAUCAAGAUCAAGGGCAUAGCUCCAGCCCAAUUCCCCGGCCGGCGACUCGGCAUGAUCGCGACGCGCGAUAUAGAAGAAAAUGAAAUCAUGCUCUCCAUUCCCGUCUCUCUAAUGCUCACACUCGACUCAAUCCCGGAAUCCUUUGUGUCCAUGUUUCCAGAGGGGACAUCCACCCAGGGGGUUCUGGCUGCAUUUCUGACGCAUGGGGAUCCCAGGCUCCUGGCAGAGCUGGAGGCCUGGCGUAGUGUUUGGCCCGAUUGGGAGGAGUUUGAGAGCAGCAUGCCUAUCUUUUGGCCGUCACGGUUACGGCGGUCGGAUUCUUCUGUGGCGGAAAGAGAGUUAGAUGGUGAUAGUGUUUUUGGAGGCCCUAUUUUUCUCCCACCGUCUAUCUCAGGCCUAUGGAAUUCAUUUGAGAAGUUGACCGGGCCAGAGAACCAUAAGUACGAGACGAGGUACCAGAAUAUCCUUUCCCAACAGCAGAAACGACUGCAGAAUGCAUGGAAACAGGUUCUGUCCGUGUUCCCACAGACGAAUUGGAAGGACUUCGUGUAUAACUGGGCCAUUAUCAAUUCGCGAAGCUUCUAUUAUGUUUCGCCUGGAAUGGAAGAGCCUGAAGAUUGGAAUGAUGCGCUUGGCAUGGUUCCGUACGCGGAUUAUUUUAAUCAUGUUGACGAUGCGGCCUGCGAUGUUACAUUCAACGGGGAGGAGUAUACUUUCAAAGCUACAAGACGAUAUGAAAAAGGCGAAGAGAUAUACAUGAGCUACGGCUCACAUUCGAAUGAUUUCUUACUCGUCGAAUACGGAUUUUAUCUCGACGACAACCCAUCCGACGGAGUAUAUCUCGACGACAUCAUUCUCAAGGACCUUACGCCCCCCGAAAAAGACGAACUAGCUGGACAGGAUUGUCUCGGGAACUUUGAAAUCACAGUAUCCGGCGCGGACACGAAUACUGUAGCUGCCGCGGGAUUGAAAUAUAUGGACCGGCAAGACUGGUUGGUGUAUGUUGCGGGGGCUUCUGAGAAAGGGCUUGAUGAAAGAAAAACUGCGGAUAUUAUAAAUGGUUGGAUUGCAAAAUACCUACGGGAAUGCGAGGUGACGAUCGAUUGCCUCUCAGAGGGAACAAAACCCGGAUCUACCGAGUCUGAUGCCGAGAAAGAGAAACUCGAUUCGAUACUCGCUCGGUGGAAACAGAUACAACAGCUCUGCGAGACUGCUGUAAAUGCGGUCAACGCUAUAUCUCAAUAGACUACGAAUGUUUUCUGAAGAGUCUUGAACCAAGUUAUGCUGACCUAGAAAUGUGAUUCCGUGUUGAAGAGGUAUCAGACUAAUAAGACAAUAAAGCAUAAAGCAAUAUGCAUGGUGUAAUACCAACAGAGACGAAUGUUCAUUAGGACAAGGACAAAGACAAUUUUGUCCAACAUAACUCAUGCUUUUAAUGAUAACCCUUCGUUUUGUCCUCGCAGAAUUCCCAAAACUGUCU